AUGACAGGGAAGUUUGUCAUGUUUUCCGCCCCUCGUCAAUUGACCCUGAACCCCUACCGUCCGUUGUCGGUUAUCGACGCUAACCAAGCUGCAGCCAAGGCCAAGCGCUUUGGAGGCACAGGCACAGAAGUGUAUAUGCAAGGAUUGGCCACAUGCCUGGCCAAGGCCAGCCUUGGCUGCCUGCCGACUGCACGCCCCGACAGCCGAACUGCAUGCGCGUUUUUCAUCUCCGGUGAUAUGCGACUUGGGGCGUACGGGCGUCGGCCUGCGUCAUCUCUCAACCUCUCACAUGAUGCCGCGCCAUCUGUCAAAUCUCCAGGCAACGAGCUCCGUACACAAUGCGUGGAUGCUUUGCUCUGUCUUCCGAGACACAAAGCUUUUGCUUUGCGUACCGGCGCGGAGUUGCAGACGUGGUCACAUCACUUGGCCAAUCAAAGGCCGGGAGCACAACCAAGGAAGCCAGAAUGGCAGACGCUCCGACUAAGCAUACUGCAUCUUGAAGUGUUCGACAAACUUGGCCACGUUUCCGAAGAUUUGCGCAGCGUCGCUGCUCACCGAGCCUGGUCGCUGAGGCGCAGGCUCUGUGCUACCAGCUCUGGCCAAACCGUUGCCUGGAAGCGGGUGGUGCCUCUCGCCCCAACGCCUUUGAGCCCUGCGCGACCUUCCAUUCAUGACAAAGGCACCAAAUUACUGCAUGUCGCGCAGCUGGCUCAAUGUGACCCGAGAGGGAUGAAUUAUCGCAUUUUUCUGGGAUCUGGCGGUUCUGCGGCUAAUCUAUCCGUACCUGUCAACCGAAUGCCCAUCGCAGCACACCCUCCUGCCACCUGGAGAGCAUGGCGAAGCCAACACCUUGCAGACGUUGAAAAACCCCGAAAUAUCUCUGACAUCAGCACUCAGAUCGCCUCUUAUAUGCGCGGCUCCCCAAGUUCGGGCCUCCGGAGUGAGAUUGAGACGCAACCGACCCCCGAAGCAGGCCCAGAUAGGAGGGAUUGCGUGUCGUCUGAGACUCUGUCUCGAGGCCGUGGUGCUCAUGUCAUCUACACCGGUGAUGGAGUUGCUAGGUUUGGUCCGGCGCCAAGAAGCCUGGUGAUGGCUCGCUUGCAUCCAUGUUCCGCCGGUAUGCGGCCGUUCAACUGA